UGUCCCAGACCGGUUUCAGGGCAAAGCUGCCAUGCGUUCCGGGGGCCGCGGGCGGCCCCGGCUACGGCUCGGGGAACGCGGCCUUUUGGAGCCACCCUCACCGCCCAAGCGCCGCCUGCUACCUCGGGCGCAGCUGUUGCCUCUGCUGCUGCUGGCUCUGGCGGUGGCCUCGGUGUUAUACACCAUUUGGAGCGGCUGGCACCGCCAGAUUGAGGAGCUGCCGCUAGGCCGGGAGCUGCGGGGCCCGUCGAUCGGAAGUCUCCCCGAAGCCGGGGUGCGGAGGGUGGUGGGGCAACUGGACCCUCACCGUCUCUGGAACAAUUAUCUGCGCCCCCUGCUGGUUGUGCGGACCCCCGGCAGCCCCGGCAAUCUCCAAGUCAGAAAGUUCCUGGAGGCCACACUGCGGACCCUGACGGCAGGCUGGCACGUAGAACUGGACCCCUUCACAGCCUCGACACCCCUGGGGCCCCUGCACUUCAGCAACGUGGUGGCCACGCUGGACCCAAGGGCUGCCCGUCACCUCACCCUUGCCUGCCAUUACGACUCGAAGCUCUUCCCAUCUGGGUCAGCCCCCUUUGUGGGGGCCACGGAUUCGGCUGUGCCUUGCGCCCUCCUACUGGAGCUGGCCCAGGCCCUGGACCUGGAGCUGGCCAGAGCCAAGGAGCAGGCAGCCCCAGUGACCUUGCAGCUGCUCUUCUUGGACGGUGAAGAGGCACUGAAGGAGUGGGGACCCAAGGACUCGCUUUACGGCUCCCGGCACCUGGCCCAGCUCAUGGAGUCUGCACCCCAUGGCCCCGGCUUCACCAGGAUCCAGGCUAUUGAUCUCUUUAUGCUUCUUGAUCUCCUGGGAGCCCCCAACCCGACCUUCUACAGUCACUUUCCUCGCACGGCCCGCUGGUUCCAUCGGCUGAGAAGCAUCGAGAAGCGCCUGCACCGUCUGAACCUACUGCAGUCUCAUCCUUGGGAAGUGAUGUACUUCCAGCCCGGGGAGCCCCCUGGCUCUGUGGAAGACGACCACGUCCCCUUCCUCCGCCGAGGGGUCCCUGUGCUUCACCUCAUCUCCACACCCUUCCCCUCUGUCUGGCACACGUCCCAUGACUCGGAGGCCAACCUGCACCCUCCCACGGUACACAACCUGAGCCGCAUCCUGGCCGUGUUCCUGGCUGAAUACCUGGGGCUCUAGCCUGCCUGGCGGACCCUGAGGGAGAAGCACCCGGCAGCAGAUGUGACGAGGGCACCUGGAGCCGAGGAGCUCAGGCCAGGCCUGCUUGCGGUGUGCUGGCUUGUCCUGUUUUAACACCUUUGGCUCUGCCUGUGCUGACUGGAAGACCCUCCUUCUUUAUCUCAAGCUGCCACUCUUCAAAGACAUGGAAGAGACAGACCACUGUGGUGUGAGAGCCAAAGGAAUAAGAGCUUGGCCGCUGCCCUGAGGGAAACACUGGGGCUGCAGGUCUGCAGGGGCCAAAUGCCGUUCUCCAUUUUAGUCAGCAAAUGGCAUAUGGACCAGCAAUACCCCUGACCAAAUGAAUUCUCUGUGGCUUAUGUUUUUGUGGCAGUUCCUUCUCCAGAAUGGCAGCCUUGCUACCGCAUCAGUCCAAACCCAACUCCCACAUGGAUGUGCCAUGGGGAGCCCACAGAAGAUGUGCUCGUAAGCAGGGAACAGAGGAGAUGGAAGCCAGUACUUGGGAACUCCAGAUUCUGCUGGAUCCAAUGGCCAAUAAACGAGUGUUUCUGCAAAA